CACACACAGGCACCUGAGGCGGGAGCUGGUAUCCAAGUCCACUGCCAGGCGCAGACCGCGCCCUCGAGGAAUCUGAGCCCCAGGCCAAGCCCGGGAGCAAGGGAGCCGCUCCCAGCCCGGAAGUCAGGCGGUUCAGCCGGGUCCCCGGCGGGACUCCCACCCCUCCGAGCUGAGGGACCCAACUCCUUCCCGCAGGAUCCGCGCCGCGUCCCCUCCCCUUCCCCCCAUUCUAGGUCAGGCCUCCCCUCUGCUCCCCCGGGUUCCCCCAGACAGCGCAGCUGACUCAGUUUAAAAGGAGCAACUAGGGCGGUGGGGUCAGAGCAUCCCGCCCCAGGGCUAAUCUCGGGGUGCUGCGAGCCCCACCUCUAGCCCCGCCCCCGGGGAGAAGCCAGGCGCGGCUCCUGCGGCUGCAGCAGAGGCCAGCGGGAUCCAGGCUGGAGCGUGGCCGAGCCCCGGUGCAGCAUGACGGCCAUCGCGGUACAGGCCCACAGGCUGCUGGCCCCGAGGAGGCCCAACCGGUCCUUCUUUGAGUCCUUCAUCCGGACCCUCAUCAUUGUAUGUGCUGCGCUGGCUAUCGUCCUGUCCUCCGUCUCCAUCUGCGACGGCCACUGGCUUCUGGCGGAAGACCACCUCUUCGGGCUGUGGUACUUCUGCACCACCUCCAGCCAGAACGGGCCUCGGUGCCUCAGCAACCUGAACCAGGCCCAUGUCCCAGGGCUGGCUAUGGGCAUGGUCUUGGCCCGCAGCGUGGCCACCCUGGCUGUGGUAACUGCUAUCUUCGGCCUCGAGCUCCUCAUGGUGUCCCAGGUGUGCGAGGACCUCCACUCACGGCGCAAGUGGGCCAUGGGCUCCAUCCUUCUCCUCAUCUCCUUCACCCUCUCCUCCGGAGGACUCUUGAGCUUCGUGGUCCUGCUCAGAAAGCAGGUGACACUCACCGGUUUUACACUGAUGUUCUGGUGUGAGUUUACCUCCUCCUUCCUCUUCUUCCUCAAUGCCAUCAGUGGCCUUCACAUCAACAGCAUCACCUACCCCUGGGGCCAACCACAGAAAGUCUAGGUCCCCACUCGUCCUCUCAGGACAUUAGUGCUACAACAAAGUGUGGUCAAGAUGGAGCUUUCCCAGCUUGUGGUCUCUGGUGGGUGUCAAGGUGGGACAGCGACUUUCAGCCUAGUGCCUCUCGGCUACACACCUCCCGUUCAUUCCUUCACCAGAAAUGGCUCGGGAGGCCCUGCAGCUGCUCUGCAGGGUUCAGAUGCCAGGAGGUGUCUCAGUGCCACCCUCUGACAGGCUUAACCAAGUUAUUAGGAGAUUGAUGGCAGAAGAAACACUGCUAUUUAAAGCUC